ACCCAAAAAAAAAAAAAAAAAGAAAAAGAGCUGAAGAAAAUGAAAAACAAAAAUGGAGCUUUUUGUGCAGAUGUUCUGAUAGGGGAUCAAAUUAGGGUUUACCGAAAAACUCACUGAGUGAUAAAACAUCUGAGAUUGACGGAAUCGGAUAAAGUUCCCGCCAAUCUAUUUCUUCCGGGAUACAUAUAUGAAGGUGUUGGCAUGAAACACUGUAUAGGAUUGGAGGAAUAAUCAGAAAACAGAAAAAUGACUAGGUUGUCUUUCAGGCCCCGGCCACUUGACAUCCACAAGAAGCUCCCCAUUGUUAAGUCUGUUAAGGAGAUGACGAGUACAUUUACCUGUUUUACCUGUUUAAUCCAUUACUGUGUACAUCCUGUUCCCAGCAGGAGAGUGGCCUCUGAAAUCCCUACUCCUCAGUUUGUUGUUGUGGAUACAUAUGAAAGGGACUAUUCUUGCACUUUUGCUCAACCAAAUUCUUACUUGCGGGCAAGAGGAGCUCGGGCUGAGAUUGGAGAGUUUGUUGAGUAUGACUUGGACAAUGAAGAUGAGGACUGGCUUUUUGAGUUUAACAAGGAAAAGAAGAUUCUGAUGCCUGAAAUGUUUGAGGCUCUUCUUUUCAAGCUGGAGGUAUUGGAUCAUAAGGCUCGUGAAAGGGCUGGAGUUAUAACACCUACUCUUGGUUCACCAAUUCCGGUGCUACUACGGCUUGAUGGUGCUAUUGAGGCCCUACAAGCUCAGUCAAAAUAUACAGUUAUUGAAUCAGUAUAUGAUUACUGGAAAGAGAAGCGAGAAAGGUGGCAAAAGCCAAUUUUGCGACGUUUGCAGCCCCCUCCACCUUCUAAUGACACCAACCCAUAUAAUGUCUUUCGUCCUAGGGAAAAAGCCCACAGGUUUCACACAAGAAGGAUGCAACGAAGAGAAAACAAUGUCCAGUCAUUUGAGAAGCUUCGCCAGGUUAGACGGAACCUUGAACAAGCUAAGAGCUUGGUGCAGGCUGUGAUCAAGAGGGAGGAGAAAAAGAGAGAAGUAAUGGAUAAUGAAGUUAUGCUGCAGAGGAUACAAAUGAAGUAUAAGCAUGAAACCAAAUUUUUGGAAGACAGCUUAGCACUCUCGAGACUCACUCCCUACUCAUCGAAGUUUGUUUCAAGUGAGGAGGAGUUCUUCGAGUCAGACAAUAUGAUGACUAGUCAUCCUCAUUCAAGGCCUUCAGUAGUACAGAUUCAUCCUUCAUAUGAUGCCAACCCAGCCAUGCUUCCUGCAGCUUUUUCAAAGCAAGAGUUUAGGAGGCAACAUGUUCCACAAGGCUGGCCUCAAAAGUUGGAUCCUCUUGAGCCAGUUUUGUUGUUCACAAAACCUUUACUUCCAGACAAGUUGCAUAUGGCAGGCAUUGUGCCACCAUCAGAUACUUUAAGAGAUAAUAAUGGGGUGCCAACAAGAGCAUAUAAAUUCCAUGGAAGAAUUGGCAGAGGAGGCCGUAUAAUAUUUGACAGAUGGAAUCCACUUAUGCAGACCCCAAUUGACUGUGGAAAUUCUUAUUAUAUGCCACCAAAACCAAGACCUUCAUUCAACAUGUAAUUAAAGCUGUGUUCGUCACACUAUUGUAGCUAAAUUAGAUUUGAUGUGCUGCCAGAUAGGAAUUCAGUUGAUAUUUGAUAAAAUCAUUAGGAGGGUACAGGGUAGCAAGUAUAAUUGUAGGUGUGAAACAUGGUUGGUUUGGUUCAACAAGAAUUUUAAUUGGGUAGGAUGUUAUGCAUUCUGUAUAAUAUGUUACAAAUGUAAUUUUCUCUGUCCUUCCAGAGCUCAUGAAUAUUUCCACUUUCUUGGAAAAAAAAAUGUAAUAUAUUAUCUGAAUAAAAAAAUAGGUGAAAUACAAA